AUGAACCUGCAGGGCCCGGGGGACGCCGGCCCAGGCCAGCUGCUCUACGCCAACUUCCACAGGGCCGCGACCACCCCGGCGGAGGCGGCGGAGAGGAGCCCCGAGGAGUCCUGGCCCCCUGCGGCCAAGUGGUCCCUGGUGACGGGCAGGACGUCGGGCUACUCCAUCUUGUCCCUGCCGUCCGUGGAGCGGCUGGAAGUGUUCCACGAGUGCCGCGAGCUCGAGGACGUGGGCAUCGUGGAGCCGCUCUUCGCGGGCCUGGCGGGCGCCGUGGCCCUGGUGAGCCUCAAGGCGCCGCGCAAGCUCAGCAUCCGCCACCUCCCGCGCGGCCUCGAGUGCUGCUCCUUCCACUUCUCCACCAGCGUCCUGGCCGUGCGGGCCAGCGCGCAGCGGCUGCUCGUGUGCCUGGAGCAGUGCCUCUUUCUCUACGGCCUGCGCGACCUGAGGCUGCUGCACGUGAUCAAGGAGACGCCCCCCAACCCCGCGGGCGUGUGCGCGCUGUCGCCGGGCGGCAGCGCCCUGGCCUACGUGGGCAGUGCCAGCUUCGGCAACGUGCAGGUCUUCGACACGGCGCUCCUGAGGGCCUCCGGCACCAUCCUGGCGCACGACAGCCCCCUGGCCGCGCUGGCCUUUGACCGCAGCGGCACCCAGCUGGCCACGGCGUCCGAAAAGGGGACUGUCAUCCGGGUGUUCUCCGUCCCCUGGGGACAGAAGCUCCACGAGUUCCGGAGGGGCCUCAAGAGGUGCGUCACCAUCCACUCGCUGGCCUUCAGCGGGGACGGCGCCUUCCUGGCGGCGUCCAGCAACACCGAGACGGUGCACGUCUUCAAGCUCCCGACGGAGGCCGAGGCGCGCCGGGAGGAGGAGGCCACCACGUGGCUCGGCUACUUCGGGAAAGCCCUCCUGGCCUCCACCCUCUACCUGCCUUCGCAGGUCACCGAGGUCUUCCACCAGGACAGGGCCUUCGCCACCGCCCACCUGCCCUGCGGUGGCCAUAGGAAUAUCUGCUCGGUGGCCACCAUUCAGAAGAUGCCCCGGUUGCUGGUGGCUUCUUCCGACGGGCAUUUAUACAUUUACAACCUGGACCCCCAGGAAGGGGGCGAGUGCACCCUGGUGAAACGGCACCAAUUGUACGGCCAGGGUGGAGACGACCAGUGA